UGCAACUUUUGCAAACUACUCCCAGGCAGAAGCUCUUACCCCAGACUUUGCUCUUCAUCUUAGAUUUCACUAGCAAAUAAGAUUUCUUUCUUUCUUUCUUUCUUUCUUUCUUUCUUUCUUUCUUUCUUUCUUUCUUCACUUAAACUUAGUCUGCAGAGCUUCAGAGUCACAUUGUUUUAGCACAAAAUAAAAAUAAUGAAAAUGAUUCCCAUUUUCAAGAAAAUAUCUUUUCCUGAGUUCUACCUUGUGUUUUGUUAUUUUGAUCUGGUACUGCUUGGCUUUAUAACUUGGGCUCUCCCCAUGGAGGACCAGGAUUACUACCUACAAGAAAUCAUCAAUAGGAAUCAUUAUUAUUCUUUUCCGGAUCCCAAUGAGGAAUUGUCACCUUUCACAGAACGACCAAGAGAAAAAGUCUUGAAACCCUCUGCAGAAAUAGAGGAAUCUCCAAGAUUCAAACCAGGCAAGAAAGAAUUCAGAUCAAAGAAAACUAUCAAACCAAGAAAGGAUAAAUCAACUCUGGAGACUCCACCAGCUAAAAAUGGCAACAAGAAAGGUGAGAAAAACAAGAAGAGCAAUGAAAGAACACCAGACGGCGACUAUGAAAGGCGAAGCACUGGUGACAACAGCAGGGAAAGUUGUCCUCCACUAGGUCUUGAAACUUUAAAAAUUACUGAUUUUCAGCUCCAUGCUUCUACAGUGAAGCGAUACGGCCUGGGAGCUCACAGAGCACGGUUAAAUAUUCAGGCAGGUAUUAAUGAGAAUGAUUUUUAUGAUGGUGCUUGGUGUGCAGGACGGAAUGAUCCCUACCAAUGGAUUGAAGUAGAUGCUCGCAGACUAACAAAGUUCACAGGAGUUAUUACACAGGGAAGAAAUUCUCUUUGGCUGAGUGACUGGGUAACAUCUUACAAAGUUAUGGUGAGCAAUGACAGUCAUGAAUGGAUUGCUGUCAAAAAUUAUUCUGGAGACAUGAUUUUUGAAGGCAACAAUGAAAAGGAGAUUCCAGUCCUUAAUGAAUUGCCAGUACCCUUUGUUGCACGUUACAUUCGUAUAAACCCUCAAUCGUGGUAUGAGGAAGGAAACAUAUGCAUGAGACUUGAAAUCCUAGGUUGCCCCCUCCCAGACCCAAAUAAUUAUUAUCAUAGAAGAAAUGAAAUGACUACAACAGACAACCUAGAUUUCAAGCAUCAUAAUUACAAAGAAAUGAGGCAGCUGAUGAAGGUGAUAUAUGAGAUGUGUCCAAAUAUCACAAGAAUUUACAAUAUUGGAAAAAGUCAUCAAGGGCUAAAGCUGUAUGCUGUUGAAAUAUCAGACAACCCUGGAGAACACGAAGUUGGUGAACCUGAAUUUCGGUACAUGGCAGGGGCUCAUGGGAAUGAGGUGCUUGGGCGUGAGCUACUGCUUCUGUUAAUGCAGUUUAUGUGCCAAGAAUAUCUUGCUGGGAAUCUGCGCAUUAAGCGUCUCAUUGAGAAUACUAGAAUUCACCUUCUUCCUUCAAUCAAUCCAGAUGGAUAUGAAAAGGCCUAUGAAGGGGGUUCUGAAUUAGGAGGCUGGUCUUUAGGACGAUGGACUCAGGAUGGUAUUGAUAUCAACAAUAACUUCCCAGAUUUAAAUACACUCCUCUGGGAGUCCGAAGAUCGGAGAAGGCUUCUGAGAAAGGUCCCAAAUCAUCAAAUUCCAAUUCCAGAAUGGUAUCUAUCUGAAAAUGCUACAGUGGCAGUUGAAACACGAGCUGUGAUAGCAUGGAUGGAAAAGAAUCCUUUUGUGCUUGGAGGGAACUUACAGGGAGGCGAGCUUGUAGUUGCCUAUCCCUAUGAUAUGGUCCGGUCAGUCUGGAAGACACAGGAGCACACACCUACUCCAGAUGACCACGUGUUUCGAUGGCUGGCCUAUUCGUAUGCCUCUACUCACCGACUAAUGACAGAUGCUCGGCGAAGGGUAUGCCAUACGGAGGAUUUCCAGAAGGAAGACGGAACAGUAAAUGGAGCUUCCUGGCAUACUGUGGCGGGAAGCAUAAAUGACUUUAGCUAUCUACAUACAAAUUGUUUUGAACUAUCUAUAUAUGUUGGCUGUGAUAAAUAUCCUCAUGAAAGUGAAUUACCAGAAGAAUGGGAAAAUAACCGGGAAUCACUUAUUGUUUUCAUGGAGCAGGUGCAUCGUGGAAUUAAAGGCAUAGUCAGGGAUCAACAUGGGAAGGGAAUUCCAAAUGCCAUUAUUUCCAUAGAAGGUGUUAACCAUGAUGUCCGCACAGCAAACAAUGGAGAUUAUUGGCGGCUUCUAAAUCCAGGAGAAUAUGUGGUUAGCGUAAAAGCAGAGGGCUAUACCACUUCCACCAAAAAUUGUGCUGUAGGAUAUGACAUGGGUGCAACCCAAUGUGACCUCACCAUCAGUAAAACCAACUUGGCCAGAAUCAAAGAGAUCAUGGAAAAAUUUGGAAAGCAGCCGAUCAGCCUGUCACUUCGACGGCUCAGACAGCGAGCAAGGCAGAGACGCCAGCAGUAUAGACUUCUUUCUGCAAUGAUCACUCUGCAAGUGAUUUUAACAUGGUGUCAGAAAAUCAACAAUCUGGUGGACAUAAAGGUUUCCAAAGAGUAA